CCCAUAAGGCCAUACAUAACCCCCUCUCUCCAUAUUAUAAAUAUAGUAUUUAAAUUCAACCUCUAUGAAUACACUAUACUAUAACAUACCAUACCACUUUCUAGAUUACAAAAUAACAUAAAAUUAUCUUUAAAACUCGUAAAUCACGUGUAAUUCAUACAAAUCUACUAAUUCUAUUUUUUUUUUAAUUUGCCCUUACUAGCUUGUGUAGAAACCAUCUGAAAAAUGCAAGGAGUACGUAAGUGUUUGGGCUCAAAAGCCCAAACAAUAAUGGGCCUUUAGAAUAAUGGUUAUUUUGUUUUUGUUUUGAAAGUCUUAUUUUAUUUUGUUGAUUAAAUCCUCUUCUCCGACGAGGUUGUUGAAUCUCCGAUACCGGAAAUCAUGGGAUCAACGUUGCUCAGGAGAAGAUGUUUGGUGCUAAGAGCGAACUGUUUACUUUUCCGAUCGUUUUCCGUUAACAUUGAGAAAAUCUCCGACGCAUCAGCUGAAAUAGCGGGAAUACUCAACGAGGUGAACUGGCUUGACACUCUUGUAUCUUCGAAUCUUUCCACCGAGAUCAACCCAGACGUGGUUCUCUCCGUUUUACGAUCCAGACGCGUCGAUGAUCCCGCUAAGCUUUUCAGUUUCUUCAAUUGGGUCGAUUCUCAAAAAGUUGGGGAGCAUAAAUUGGAUUCGUUUUCGUUUCUCGCUUUGUUUCUGUGUAGUUUCGGUAGUUUUGAGAAAGCUCAUAGUGUUGUGAACCAUAUGAUUGAGAGGAAAUGGCCUGUAUCUGAGGUUUUGAGCUCGAUUGUGAGGUGUUCGAGAGAGUUUGCGGGAAAGAGUGAUGACGGAGCUGUAUUUGGGAUCUUGAUUGAUGUGUACAUUGAGAAAAUGUUGUUUGAUGAAGCUGUGUUUGUGAUUCGUAGCACUAUGGAUUUGGGAUUGGUUCCUAGUUCGGCACGAUGUAACCAUCUGUUGGAAGUGUUGUGUCAAAAGGGAGAUUUUGAUGAAGCUCUCGAGCUGAAGAAGGUGAUGGUUUGCAAAGGAUUGGUGGUAUGGAAGCAAUCGUACAAUAUACUUGUAGAUGGGUUGUGUAAGCGGCAGCGUCUAGAAGAUGCUAAAUCGUUGCUGGUAGAGAUGGAUAGUGUUGGUGUGUAUCCUGAUAAUGUUUCGUAUAGUACACUGAUUGGUGGUUUACUAAAGGGCAGAGGUGCAGAUGCCGCAAACGGACUGGUUCAUGAGAUGGUUUCACUUGGAAUUAACAUCGAUCCUAAGAUGUAUGAUUUUUUUAUCUGUGUGAUGUCUAAGGAAGGGGCGAUGGAGAAGGCAAAGGCUCUAUUUGAUGGGAUGAUUGCAUCUGGAGUGACACCAGGUGUUCGGGCUUAUGCUAGUUUGAUCGACGGAUACUUUCGAGUAAAGAAUGUUCUUAAGGGUUAUGAUUUACUUGUUGAAAUGAAAAAGAGGAACAUUGUCAUAUCUCCAUAUACUUAUGGUACAGUGGUGAAAGGCAUGUGUUCUUCUGGUGAUCUCGAUGGAGCUUAUAACAUUGUGAAGGAAAUGGGUGCUAGUGGUUGCAGACCCAAUGUGGUUAUAUAUACUACAUUGAUCAAAACUUUUCUCCAGAACAGUAGGUUUGGAGAUGCAGUGAGGGUGUUAAAAGAAAUGAAAGAGCAAGGAAUCACACCAGACACUUUUUGCUACAAUUCCCUUAUCAUUGGUCUUUCAAAGGCUAGAAGAAUGGAUGAAGCAAGGUCUUUUCUGGUUGAAAUGGUCGAGAACGGAUUAAAGCCAGAUGCUUUUACCUAUGGGGCAUUUAUCAGUGGAUAUAUAGAGGCAGGGGAGUUUUCAUCUGCAGAUAAGUAUGUGAAAGAGAUGCUGGAAUGUGGCGUAAUUCCAAAUAAGGUUCUUUGCACGGGUUUGAUCAAUGAGUAUUGCAAAAAGGGGAAAGUAAUAGAGGCAUGUUCAGCAUUCAGAUCUAUGGUUGAACAAGGGAUCCUGGGGGAUGCUAAAACAUACACUGUUCUUAUGAAUGGUCUUGUUAAAAAUGGAAAAGUAAAUUAUGCCGAGGAGAUUCUCCACGAAAUGCGUGGAAAGGGUAUUGCACCUGAUGUAUUCUCUUAUGGUACUCUCAUUGAUGGAUUUUCUAAGUUGGGAAAUAUGCAAAAGGCUUCUAGUAUUUUUGAUGAGAUGGUUCAAGAAGGUCUGACUCCUAAUGUUAUCAUAUACAACAUGUUGCUCGGUGGCUUCUGCAGAUCUGGUGAAAUUGAAAAAGCUAAGGAACUGCUUGAUGAAAUGUCUGGUAAAGGUUUUCCCCCGAACACAGUGACUUACUGCACAAUUAUAGAUGGAUAUUGCAAAUCUGGGGAUCUAGCUGAGGCUUUUCGGUUAGUUGAUGAGAUGAAACUAAAGGGCUUAGUUCCUGAUAGUUUUGUGUACACAACACUCGUGGAUGGGUGUUGCAGAUUGAACGAUGUGGAAAGAGCUGUAAGCAUCUUUGAGACAAACGAGAUGGCUUGUGCUUUCAGUACCGCCCCUUUCAAUGCUUUGAUCAGUUGGGUUUUUAAGUUUGGAAAACCAGAAUUAAGAACAGAAGUGACAAAUCGUCUAAUGAAUGGGUCGUUUGAUAGGUUUGGCAAAUCCAAUGAUGUAACAUAUAACAUUUUGAUUGAUUAUCUAUGUAAGGAAGGAAACUUGGAAGCUGCCAAGGAGCUCUUUCACCGCAUGCAGAAAGCUAAUCUGAUACCUACAGUUAUAACUUACACAUCUCUUCUAAACGGGUAUGAUAAAAUGGGUAGAAGAUCUGAAAUGUUUUCUGUAUUUGAUGACGUGAUUGCUGCGGGAAUUGAACCAGACAACAUAAUGUAUAGUGUCAUCAUCAAUGCUUUCCUGAAAGAAGGGAUGACGACGAAAGCACUUGUGCUUGUGGAUCAAAUGUUUGCUAAGAACGCUGUUGAUGAUGGGUGUAAGCUAAGUAUUUCAACAUGUCGGGCUUUACUCUCUGGUUUUGCUAAAGUGGGAGAAAUGGAUGCAGCUCAGAAGGUUAUGGAGAACAUGGUUCGACUCAAUUAUAUUCCUGAUUCUUCGACUGUUAUUGAGUUAAUCAAUGAAAGUUGCAUUUCCUCAAACCAAAGAAUGGAAGCUGAUGCCGCUCCAUAGAUUUACGACAGAAAGCCGAAAGCAAAUAAGCUUCCUUCUUUUCUUUGUGGCUAAAAAGGAGUCUGCUGACUCGAGUUUGGUUUACGGCCAAUUACUUUGCCUGCCUGCAAAUUGCUGACGGUUUGCAAUCGUGGCAAACGGUAACAUUGAUCCUAACCUGACCUGUAAUCUAAAAGCUUCAUCCUCCCACUUUUGACGCUCUCUACUCGGUCUCAGUUUUUCUGAUAUGUCAUUGUUUAUUUAUUAGCGUUAAGAAUAUGCAAUUGCUGUUCCUGGUAUAGCUUGUGUUUGCUCAUAAACUCUUCUGGACCAAUUCAUUUACGUCAGAACGGAUUUGCCUUCAGCUAGACAUGUUGGAUUCCAUUGAUUUACUUGGCAGCAAUUUCCAUCACGAUAACUACAUUCAGGGAUUGACGAUGAAUGGGAGACGCAUCUGAGCUGUUGAUUCUGCAAUUGCCUCGAUUUUUGUAGGCUAGAAAUUACCCAGUUUAAGAAACAGAGAUGGCAGUGUUGUGGUAACUCAGUCCUCCUGAUCAUUCAUAUCUAGCGUCAGUCAAUCUGCAUUUCAGUUUUGUAAUAGAUUUAUGUACUGAAUGUUAUUGAUCAAAUUAUAUAAAGUUAUUUGUUCCAUCA